AAUGAAAUGCAAUGCUUGCCAAUUAAAUAGUUUAUGUGAAAAGCUAACUAUAAGAGGAUACCGGUUUAAACUGUUUGAUCUUAAGUCAAGUCUUUACUUCCUUUGACUGGUCUGAAUCUUCCUGCCAGUAUGAGCCGUCAGUGUAAGAACUGUGGUGGAGCAGACAUCGACACAGACCCAUCCCGGGGGAGUGCGGUCUGCACAGCCUGUGGUUCGGUUCUGGAGGAUAAUAUCAUCGUUUCUGAGGUUCAGUUUGUGGAAAACAGCGGAGGGGUGUCUUCAGCAGUUGGCCAGUUUGUAUCUGCAGAUGGUACUUCCAAAGCUCCGGUCCUGGGCAGUGGGUUCCACACAAGUCUGGGAAAAGAAUCGCGAGCUCAGACGCUCCAGAACGGGAAACGGCAGAUACACAACCUCGGCAGCCAGCUGCAGCUGAACCAGCACUGCCUGGAUACGGCCUUUAAUUUCUUCAAGAUGGUUGUGAGCAAGCACUUGACACGAGGGCGAAAGAUGACACACGUCAUAGCCGCCUGCCUCUACCUGGUCUGCAGGACAGAGGGAACGCCACACAUGCUCCUGGACCUGAGUGAUCUUUUACAGGUUAAUGUUUACAUUCUGGGAAAGACCUUCCUCCUGUUGGCUAGAGAACUCUGUAUCAACGCUCCAGCCGUCGAUCCGUGUCUGUACAUUCCACGAUUCGCCCACAUGUUGGAGUUCGGUGAAAAGACUCAUGAGGUUUCGAUGACUGCUCUGAGACUGUUGCAGAGGAUGAAAAGAGACUGGAUGCACACUGGGCGGCGACCAUCAGGCUUGUGUGGCGCAGCUCUGCUCGUGGCAGCUCGUAUGCAUGAAUUCCGUCGGACAGUGAAGGAGGUGAUAUCUGUCGUCAAGGUGUGCGAGGCCACGCUGAGAAAAAGGCUUACAGAGUUUGAGGAGACCCCCACCAGUGCCCUGACCAUUGAUGAGUUCAUGCGAGUGGACCUUGAACAAGAAUGUGAUCCUCCAUCUUUUGUUGCUGGAAAGAAAAAACUCAAGAUGCAGCAGCUGGAGCACGAGUUGUCCAAGAAACUUGAGGAAUAUCAAGGUGAGAUCAACUCAUACCGCGAUGAGAUUGAGACACAGCUGGCAGGGAGCAGCAGAACCAAAUUGAGAGGGAUUUAUGCCUCCUACUCAAGAGAAGAUGAUGACUGUGUGUCUUUGGCCUCUGGGGUGACUGGGGACGAAGAUCCAGAGGAUGAGGAAAUGGAGGCAGCAGCCCAACAUCUCAACCAGGAUUUCAUCAGUCAGGUGCUAGAGCGGGGGGACCAGGAAGGGAUGGAGGAUCAGGAGGCGAGUAAGGAUACGGUACCGAUCUCUAGUCAGUCCACACGUAUGCCCCUGACAGCCCUCUUCGGCCCUUUGCCCAGUGCAGCCAGCCUUGGUCUAACAGACUCCAUUCGGGAAUGCAUCGCAGAGGAGACUAGAAACAUGGAAGAUAAAUCAGGCAAUGGGGAACUUAAUCUAGAUGGGAUUGAUGAAGAUGAAAUUGAAAAGUACAUUCUGAACGAGAUAGAGGUGGAGGCAAAGACAGAGCUGUGGAUGAAGCAAAAUGAGGAGUAUUUGAGGGAACAGAAAGAAAAAGAAGAAAGAAUAGCUAAAGAGAAGGAACAAGGGACCUAUAAGGAGAAGCCAAAGAAGCCGUCCAAGAAGCGAGAACCGAUCCUGGCCAGCACUGCGGGAGAGGCCAUAGAGAAGAUGCUGGAGCAGAAAAAGAUCUCCAGUAAGAUCAAUUAUGAUGUUUUGUGGGACCUCAACAGCAAGGGCAGUGGGAGCAACACCACCCAGCAAGUCGAGGACGUGCCCGCCGGUGGCUCUGGACGCAAGAAGUUGACCCGCCGCAAGAAGCAGCCAAACAAGAGCAAUCUCGGGCUCGCUAAACCCGCAAGCCUCAUGGGCAAGAGGCUCCGCCCUUUAAUAUCAUCCGCUCCCAAGAAGAAGAGGACAGCAGCCACACCGGUCACUGCCAACAUCACCACGAUGUUGCCUCCUGCAGCCCCAGAGCCCCCUCCGGCCCCCACCCCUCCCCCCAUGCUGGAAAUUGGGCCUGUAGCAUAUGAGGAACCCGCAGAGGAAGAAGAGGAAAAUGAGGAAGAGGCGGAAGAGUCUUGCGUUAGCGCCAUGGAGCUGAUAGGUGGAAAUGAUUACGGAUGUGAAGCUGAAGAAGAGGAGGUUUUUUAGACUGAACUUGUCUGCCCACCAAACUUGUCCUUCCAUUACCCUGUACAGUGAAGAGAAGAGCAUUUAAAGCACAUUUGAGACGCCUAUAAUAUGCUGCGCAUUUACGAAAGGUCACUCUCCCUCAGUGCAGUACAUAUGACUGGUUAAACUGCAGCAUCUGUGUGAUGAGUGAGCUACUACGGAAGAAGGUGGCUGGCAGCUUUAGACUGAAGAACAAUCAGUGCAUAAAAUCAUUUUAGCACUUAUUUAGCACCAUUUUAGCCAAUGUUUCACUAAGAAACAGGAAGCACUGAAGUAGUUUGCUGAGGAUCUCAGAGAAGAUGUUUCACAGGUGCAGUAGGAUUUGAACAUGUGAAGAUACUGAAGUCUGCUCAGCUUGCUAAUAAUGUUGGAUGCAUUGUGGGACAAUGUACUAGCGAUUUGUUUUACAUAUAUAGUAAGAAGCUGUAAAUAUAUGGCACUGUGUUUAACUUUUUAUUUUUAAGCUAUUUAAUGCUACAUAUGUCUGU